ACAUUUUGCCUCGUUCAUCACUAGUACGACAGAGCCCGACUCAACGGGGAGACUCGCAUCACGGUCACUAAUUGCGCUCGUGAAGUGGAUUUUUUUUUUUACGUCGCGUGCUUUUGUUUUCCGUUUCGCGCUCAGCAACGCUGCGCUCGCGCAGCCCGCUCUCGCUCCCCGUUCAAAGUGUCUCGCGCGCUAGUUUCCCGAGUUGCACACGUAAACUUGGGAGCGGAGGACACGGGGACGUCGCAGCGCGAACGUGCGGACUAACUUGGCGGUUGUCGCUCCCACUUGAUUCUAGUUUCCAUUUCCCUUCCUCGUGCACGUGAAGGGGGAGGAGAAGGAGGUGGACCCGCGCUCGGCCGCCGGUCUCGUGGCUUCUUUGUAUACGGCAGCAGCUGUGUGUAAAUGCAUGGGCACACAGCGUCUCCUGCUCCUUGAGGGACAGCGUACUGGGCUCAGUCCGACCUGCGCGUGGGCUUUCGCGGAGAUGACGCUGUAGAAGAGGAAUACCACAACUUUAUCCGAACCCCGUUUUUUUCCCCCUUGUCGACACCGCGACUCAUUCAGCUCCGUCCCACUCCCUCUCUCUCCGUCCGAGCGCGUGGAUUGUACAACGGCGGAAACAAACUGAGCUCGGUGCCGAGUACAGGCUACAGCUGCUACAGCCGCUCCCCCCCAACACGCACCAUGGAUGUAAGGUUUUAUCCGACGGCUGGUGGGAAUUCUAUCCCGGGAGACCCGGCGAACCUGGAUUUUGCCCACUGUUUGGGCUACUACAACUUCAAUAAGUUCCAGAAUAACAACAACUACAUGAACAUGGCGGAGGCUAACGGUACCCUGCUCGCAGCCGGGGAUACUUUCCACACGCCCAGCUUGGGGGACGAGGAGUUCGAGAUUCCACCCAUCACUCCUCCGCCUGAGACGGAGUCUGGUCUGGGUCUGUCUGAAGUGGACUCUCCCUUCCCGGUGAUGCCAGAGCCCCCCACUCCUCAGAGAGGUCCAUUAAUCCCGCAGUUCCCCCCUCAGAGCCUGGAUCUGCCUUCCAUUACUAUUUCACGCAACAUGAUGGACCAGGAAGGGGUGUCGGUCAUCAACGGCCAACCUGUGAACGUGGGACCAGGCCACCUACGCCAGUACCCGCCCAACCCGGCCAUGGUGAUGAAAUCCAUCAUCAACAUGAACAAUGGCAUGAUGUCCCGGAACCAGCUGACCACCAUCAACCAAUCCCAACUCAACGCUCAGCUGAGCCUGAACAUGGCCGGGCCCAACAUCACCCACACCUCCCCGUCUCCACCCGCCAGCAAGUCGGCGACGCCGUCGCCCUCCAGCUCCAUAAAUGAAGACGACCAGGAUGACGGCAACAGGGUCAUUGGGGAGAAGCGGCCGGCGCCCAUAGACCCCACAAAAAAGCCCAAGACUCCUAAGAAGAAAAAGAAGAAGGAUCCCAAUGAGCCUCAGAAGCCGGUGUCAGCGUACGCCCUGUUCUUCAGAGACACCCAGGCCGCCAUCAAGGGUCAGAACCCCAACGCCACCUUCGGAGAAGUGUCCAAGAUUGUGGCCUCCAUGUGGGACGGUCUAGGAGAGGAGCAGAAGCAGGUUUACAAAAGUAAAACUGAAGCUGCCAAGAAAGAAUAUUUAAAAGCCCUGGCUGCUUACCGUGCCAGCCUGGUCUCCAAGGCUGCAGCCGAAUCAGCUGAGGCCCAGACCAUCCGCUCGGUGCAGCAGACACUGGCGUCGACCAGCCUGUCCCCAGGCUUGGUGCUGCCCUCGCCACUCAAUCAGCACCCCUCCAUGGCAUCAGCCUCCCAGGCCCUCCAACAAGCCCUACCACGGGCCAUUGCCCCCAAACCCCUGCAGAUGAGACUAGGAGGCAGUCAGAUCGUGACCUCUGUCACCGUUUCCCACCAGAACAUGUCCCCGGGGAUGCCACCGCAGCUGCUCGGCCAGAUGGGUGCUGGUGGGGCCAUGGUGGCAGGAGCCCAAUCCACCGCGGUGUCUCAGAUGAGCCCACCCAUGCAACCGGUGCAGCAACAUGCGAUGCAGCAGCUCCAGCAGCAGCAGCAACAGCAGCAGCAGCAGAUGCAGCAGCACCUCCAGCACCACCAGAUGCAGCAGCAGCAGAUGCAUCACCAGCAGAUCCAGCAGCAGAUGCAGCAUCAGCAUUUCCAACACCACCUCCAGCAACAGCUGCAGCAGCACCACUUGCAGCAGCAGCAGCAGCAACAACAGCAACAGCAACAGCAACAUCAGCAGCAGCAGCAACAGCAGAUGCAGUUGCAGCACAUGCAGAUGCAGCAUCAGCUGCAUCAGCAGCAGAUGCAGCAUCUUCAGCAGCAGCAGCAGCAGCAGCAACAACAACAGCAGCAGCAGCAGCAGCAGCAACAUCAGCAGCAGCAGCAGCAGCAGCAUCAGCAGCACCAAUCCCAGUGCUCCCCGCCCCAACACUCUCCUGGCACCCCCCACUCAGUCGGAGGCUCUGCAUCGCUUGGCAGCCCCCAGCCUGCAUCGCAGCAGCCGCCGCACCCCUCCCAAAUCCAGGCCCAUGCCCAGGUCCUGUCCCAGGUCAGCAUCUUCUGAGCCAAAUCGAAAUCCUAUCUCAAAGAACAGGAAUAGAAUAAAAGCAUUGCUGCUUUUCUAUGUUGCACUUAAGAAGUGUGUAAAAUUUAGAAUGUUAUACAAAGAACUUGUCCAUUGUUCCAGACGGAUAUGCACACACGUGUACA